CGAGGGACGCCUGCCGCCUGCACGCGGAAUAAGAGUGAGAUCAUAUUGGCAUGCACACGCCUGGUUGCCUCAGUAUGGCUCACUGCUCACAGUUGAUCACACCAGCAGGAAAGUCAGUCGGACAAUUAUCAUGGUUAUCAUCAUGAGCCUGAAAAGAUUUGACCGACGGUAGAAUCAGAGAUCAAUUCAACACCCUGGCUCUGAAAUGGUUGCAGAGUAGAAUCGUUUCUUCAAUUUAAUGAUUGAGUAACCUGCCCGUACAACUUCAUAUCUUGAUUUUCUAGGCCAGCAUGGGAAACAUUGAUUUGGACGUUGUAAAGAAUGCCCCGUCAUGGUCAGAGGGCAUCAGAAGGUAUCAAGAACAGAAACGAGAGCAUCCAGCAGGAGGAGAGACGCGCAAACCGCAGUAUAUCACAAAGUUUUUAAUGUCAAGGCAGGAAGCAAUGGUGAAUCCAAUCACACAGAAAUUCAAUGACGAUCAAACCGAACAAGUUGUCAAGCGAAUGGAAGAGACCUCCAUUGCAAAGACAUUGAACAGAGCUUGGGACACACAACUUUUUCGUGAACAACAUUUCGAUAUUGUCACGCAAGCAGCCAAACGUGGUCACAUACAUGAAAAAGUAUACAAGCAAAUCUUGAAACCUCCAUCACUGGUUACUGCUACACACACGGACUAUAAUAUCAUCAGUGGCAAAGGAUUUCAUGAGCAUCACUGGGCACCGCUUGACAGGAGGCCUCCGAGACCAGCUUCACCGCAAAAGAAACAGCAGUUCUUAACUGCGCUCAAUCGUCCGCGCGAAUACGAUAUUUUGACAAACCAAUACACCAAAAAUCAUGAAGAGAGAGCAAAGUGGGAAAUGGACCGUAAUAGAGAAGAAAUUGUGCAGAAGUAUUGGGAAACAAGAAACUUCGAUGCAGUUACGUGUUCAUUUUACGACAAGGAUAAAGAAGCUGCCUUCCAAGAGCACAUGAAGGAUAAACAUUUGAAUCAAGGAUCGAGUGCAAUCAACAAACUCCCUCCUACUCUGGCUGCAAGUGAAAGUUUGAUGUAUGACAUCUGCACUGGUGUUGUAAGAGAUCCUGUGCGACUCCAACAGAUAAUUGAUGCUGACAAUUCCAUCCUCCACGCUCGGGCAGGGAAGAUAGAAAAAGAGAAGUCUCUUAGGGAAAAAUCGAUUCAGAAAAACCAAUUGUUUCUAGACCGCAAGCUUGCAAGGAUCGCACAUGAAAGAUAUGCCAAGACAGUGGCGAGGGGGUAUGAUAUAGUCAACCUUGCAGAUUACGACACCGUGGGGCAUCCUCCGUUUCCGCAAACCAAAGCAAGAAAAUCUCUAUGGGAAUUUCACGAGUCCCUAAGGAAUGAAACAGCACGGACGCCUGAGCCACAUUGGAAUAACAGUUUCCAAAGUGUUGAAUCGACCAACGCGGGCAAUCAAAGAACUUCAACCAUUCCAAGCCGUCUCGACUUGUCUGCAUUAGAUAGCAGGAAAUCAAAACCGCAGACCGCGCAGAGUGCCAGUCACGGCGGAACAGACCGAACUCGAUCGACUUCACGGGCUUCUAGUUUAUCGAGCCUGAGGGUGAGGAGUGGCGGAUUCAACAGAGAUUGAAAGCUAGUUAAAAUCAUGACCAAUCAGUAAGAGCUUUAUAUCUGUG